AUCCUCGGCGUGGCUUGUGUCUCUGCCUACUCCUGUGCGUAAGAGCGCACAGAUGGAUAUGUAAACGGAUGCACUCCUGAAACCGCGCAAUGAGAGCUGGUGAAAACGCCUCUGGAAGGACGUACAAAAGCGAACAUCAAUAAAAAAACUGGAUAACUCCGAUCAACUAAAGUUCUGUCAACGGAUAUAUAUAUAUUUUUAAUUACUGUAAUAUCGAUUGGCCUUUUCCUUUCCAUUCCUGUCUAUUAUUUUCUUUUGUUGGGAGAUGAUCUGUUGAUAACGAUGUCCAUCAGCGCGGAUGACGGUGCAUCGCUCCUUGGCUGCAUGUUUCUGGACAUCUCCCCCUGUCAUGAUCGUGCGCCUUCCCCCGUCUCUCAAAAUAAGCUCGUUUCUGUGUGAAGUUGAUCGGAGGAAGAAGCGCGAUGAGAGGGAAAUUCUUUCUGCUCGCUUUCUUAUUGCUUAAACUUAUGGCUCUCGUGUGUAAGGCCGACGGGGAGCCAGGACUACUCGGGGGAUUUGUCAUGAUUGCCACCUCUAAUGGCACCCGGGAGGAGGAGAGCGUUUCGGAAGAGACGCCUCACACCGAGGACAGGUGCCGAGGCUACUACGACGUGAUGGGCCAGUGGGACCCGCCGUUCAUCUGCAAGACGGGCAAUUAUCUGUACUGCUGCGGCACCUGUGGCUUCCGCUUCUGUUGCUCGUUCAAGCACUCGCGGCUGGACCAGAGCACCUGUAAGAACUACGACACCCCGUUAUGGAUGAAGACCGGGCAGACCCCCUACAAGAAAAGGAGCCCAAACGACAACAGAACUAAAGACAAAACGAACUUAAUCGUUUACAUCAUCUGUGGAGUGGUGGCCAUCAUGGCACUGGUUGGGAUUUUCACGAAACUGGGAUUGGAGAAAGCGCACCGGCCCCAGAGAGAGAACAUGUCCAGGGCCGUCGCCAGCGUGCUGCAGGGUGGGUGUCCAGGUGAGCCUUUUCGGGGAGAGGAGGCCCUAGGGAUGCACUCACAGCACUUUGUUGCCAGGCCUGCAAACAUCCAAGGUGGCCAGAUAAACAACAAUGUGGGAGCGGGCUCCAAUGCUGGCCAGCAGCACCCUUACCCUUCCCUCAGCCAGCUGGCUCAAGUCUAUGAACAGCAGCAGCAGCAGCAACAGCAGCAGCAACAGCAGCAAAACAUGGAUCUGAAUAAGUAUGCCUCCCUGAAGGCUGUAGCUGCCAAGUACAAUGGUGAAAUCUACAACAAGCGACGGCUAAUGGUGGAGCUGCCAACAAAAGGUGGCCUUCCUCUCCAGCCAAUGGGCAACUCCCGACCUUCCAUGGGCAACAUGUCUUCAAUGACUCCACCAAUGGCCACCAACACCAUGGCUUCAAACCCUAUGAGCUCCAAUCCCAUAAACCCCUCCAUGGCGCAGAUGGCUUCAAUGACUCCAAUGACAUCAAUGACAGCGAUGACAUCCAUGCCUCAGAUGACCUCGCUUUCCCAGAUGACCUCUAUGACUCCAAUGACCUCUUUAGGUCCACUGACUCCGGAGCCUGUGGCCACCUACGUGACAGAGAUGCCCAGCAUCUCAUCUGUCUCAACCCUCCCAUCAGAGAGGCACAUAGCAGGUGUAGGGGGCGGGGGGCUCAAGCCGAAUGGCCACAAACCCAAAGGAAGUCACAGUCACGCUACCCACAGCUCUCACAGCUCCCACAGCUCUCACAGUCAUGCUCACAGCCACAGUAGCAAGGCGCCAGGACUUGGGGCUUCUUCCCUGGCACAUAUGGUGGGGACCAUGCCAGGUGGCACUUCCCUGGGCAUCUCCAGGGCCGCCGAGACCGCCUUUGGCUCAAGUUCAGCCACAAUGGGCCGUCCAUUUGCCUACAGCUCCAACACAAUUGCAACUGGGCAUGCGAUGGGGUUUGGGAUAAAGGCCUGGGACGGGACUGAGACGGUGGGCAGGAGGAAAAGCUACGGGCACAAGAGACCCCAGUGUACCGUGCUGGAGCCAAACCAGCUCCACAGCACCAGGGGCCAAAGUCACAGCCAGCACUUCCUCCCCACACAGCCCUACUUUGUGACCAACAGCAAGACAGAGGUGACUGUGUGAAAGAGCAUGAAUAAGAAAGGCAGAAAAAUAUGUGCAGACUGGCAACACAAGUAAUAUUUAAAAGGAGAUGCAAACUCCUAAGGUGUUCGGAGCUCUGGGAAAAAAGGAGUGUCAUUGCUGUGACAUGUCUGAGUAAAUGUUGCCUUGAAAACAGCUCGCCAAUCAGAUCACUCAACAGACCAUGAUGGUGAUGAUACACAAAUAAUUAACCAAGAGCCUAAAGAACAGGUGAUGUUUGUACAUUCCUACCUAUGUUCAGGUGUUGUCUCCUUCUCUGUAAUGGUGAGAAUGUCUGAUUGUUAAAGAAAGGCUGAAAUUUGAUGUUCUUGUGAGAAACCAAACAUGAGAAGCAAUAUCACGGUUGAAGAGUAAGGGAUUACAGUAACAGAAAGGAACAGCAUUAAUACUGUACCCCCAGACCUUCAUAAAAGGGUUACUUAGUGCUAGAUGAAAAGAAAUAAAAGUGUCCAUGAACACAGAGAAUGCAAAUAGUUAACUUUAAAUAUGGAAAGCUCCUGGGAUUUGCAUUUCAAAAUGAUACCCAAGUAACUUUAUCUUUAAUGGUUAUGUAAACAGCGCCGUAAUUACAUUUUCUUUGUUGCCAUAACAAAAUCUACAGUGCAGGCAAAACCCAGAAUGAGAGCCUUUGUAAAACUCAGUCCUAUCCAGUGAUACAUCACAGGAUCAUGGAGAUCUAUAGAAUAGAAUCUGUGUGGAUUCAAAUUCUCUUACAAAGAUAGUCAGCAGCUUGUAUUAGGAGCAGGCCCACAGUGUUAUGGAUCCUCUACUGUUGUCAAUAGUGAGCAGGGUGUCUUUUUUGAUGUAUCGAUUGUUAGUUUAAAGCUAAACGCAAAAUAUGUUCAUUGUAAAUUGGUUCAAUAGUUAAACAGGCUACACUUUGCAUCCUCAAAGGUUGUCCCCUGACCUGAACGCAGACUAUGAGGUGUUUUUAUUAUUGGAAUCCCAGAAUAAAACUCUGAACUGGGGUUCCCGAACCUGUAUUAGUCUGCUAGUCGAACGGAUCCAUGGAAAAUGCCCAGCGGCAUCAUAUGUUCCUGCAGAAAAAUCCCAGAAGAAAGAAUCUGCAGCGAUAUAAACAAACAGAGAUCAGGAUUCAGAUGUAAAUUUAUGAUAAUCACACAGAAGGAACCCAUCCUCACUCCAAACAGAACUCAACAUGUUCCAUUGCCGAAAGGCUCAGUUUUAAGCCCUUCUAAUCAAAAGUUCUAUUAGAGUUUAGCAAACUUUGCAAGUUUACAUUUGAGGACAGAAAGGGAUUUCAUUUUACCACUGAAUAAAUUUAUUAAAAUUAAAAGGAUCCUCUAGGAAAGUAAAAGAUUACUGGACUUUACAUCCUUUACCAGAGGGUGCUCUGCAGCUACCCGUUGGGAAGGACGUGGACCAAAUGGGCCAUUUUUGUCAAAAAAAAUGAGUGUAAAAUUGAAUCUAAGACAGCACACAGGAAAUGUGUGGAGCUACAGGCCUGAAACAUAUCAAAUGGACCAAAACUAAGCUUAGAUUUAAGUUGCUUUUAAGAUUUUUUUUUAGACUGCUAGUCUUAUGUUGUGCAAUGUUAUGCAAGCAAAAAACUAAAUAUAUGGUAGUUAAAAAUAUAACAAUCUAAUCUAUUUAAAACACUGCCACAAGCAGCUCUUUCUGUUAGGUUAUUGACUGUACUCAAGCUUUAGCCACAGAAGGAGGAAAAAUAAACAAUCUAUGUGGGUUAAAUGACUCAAAUAUAAAAAUAAACCUGUGAGUGUGACAAAUAGGCCAAAUCUUCGAAGGGCUUCUUCAAGCCUAUGUGCAUGUUUCAGUUUUAUUUAAACUUAGCUGUUACAGCUGAGCUUCUCUCAUUUAGAGUGUUGCUUCCAUCUCUGUGAUUAAAUAAAGAUCCUAGCAGGGCUGAAGUGAGAAUCUAGAAGCACAAACAGCUGUCAAGCUCCUUGGACCAACAAUAACUGGUCUGUAGACUAGGAAAAAGCAAACAGAAGUGUUAAAGGCUCUUUUUUAAGCAGGAGAAAAGGAGAGAGGAGAGGUGCAUGUGACAAUCUGGUGAGAGAAAAAACAUGUUAAAUUAUAACGUGUCUGUCUGAGACACGUUUUAUCGCCAGCGCCAAGCUGCAUGUAGAUUUGAGGUGCAAAGGAGUACCUGAUAUUACAGCGUCUAAAUCAGAAAUGACUAAGCAGGCGGAGUGCGAGAUUAGGAGGGAUAUUUUUGACUAAUGCUGUGCAACACCCCGCUGCCUUCGAGGGUCACAUGACCUGGGACCUGAUUGAAGGCACGGAACUGGAAUUAAAAAUUAUUAUAAGGCGUCACGUAUACGGGACGUCCACCAGAUUAACACACCUCUCAGAAUGUACUGGAGGGUGAGCUUUGCUUUCCUUGUGCUCCCUCAGUGCCGAGCGGCAGGGGUCGUCACUGCAGACAAAGAGUCAGCGCUGCUUCUGCAUCUGUUUUAUAAGAAAGACUGUGAAACUCCAGGUAUCUGUAGCUCAUACCGACAAUAUGCUUUUUAUACACAAUAGACAUAUAAAGCCUUUCUCUCUUUUUAUCUGUUUCUAUUAAUCCUUUGUCCCUUUGUACAAAUAUAUAAAGGGAAUGUUUUAAAGCAGAAAUAUCAGAAAGUUCCUUGGAUUGUGAUGAAAAGUUUCUGUCACAGGACAAUUUGAUGAGAAAUACUGAACUGUCUUUUGCUUUUCCCCAUGUAAGUAAUCUAAACGUUUCUGACAAUAACUGUUAUUUAUUUUCAGUUUUGUACCACUUCUUUGUCCCUUUGAACACUUUGCAGUAUUUCCUUCAUUUGCCAAGGCUCUGUUUGAAUCCAUCUUUAGUGUCUAGUUACUGUCACUUGGGGAUCAAAACCCAUUUAAAAGCAAAUAAAUGGAAUAAAAUUCUGAUGUAUCUUUACAACUGAGAGAACAUCUCUUACCCUUUUCAGAUCACCAGACUUUGCUCUAGAGUUGGGUCAAACUGUUCUAAAACCGCUUAUUUGCUUCUGAUGAAUUCAUUCUUUGCUUCGUUUGGCAUCAUGCAUGGACUCCGACAAGUUUUCUCUGUUAAAAGAAUUGUAGUUAUAUUAGAAGAAAAGUGCCAUUGGAUCCAUUAUGCAGCCUUCACCCUGUUCACUGAGCAUAUGAGGUUAUUUUAGAGCAAUUACAGGGCAGAAAUCUAAGAAACAACCUGCCGUAAAGAGAAGCAGUGAUAACAUCUCCUUCCCAAACUGUUAUUUUUCAUGUAAAAGCUGUGAAAAUAGGAAUUAAAAGUGAUGUAUUUGGGGAGGCAAAGAAAAAGUGAUUUUCUUUGUAGUUUCUGUGUCUUUGAACAUUGCAUAUAUUUCGCUUCAUUGACAUUUGCCAUGGCUGUGUGUGAGAAUCCAUCUUCAGUUUUCAGUCUCUGAAGACAUCCAAACCCAAGCAGAACAAAGAUAAUCACACUCUGUGAAAAGCCGUCUGCAGCCAGCCAGAAUCUUUCACAGACUCCCUUCUUGUAUUUCUUUCCCCGAUGUAUUGUAGUUCUGUUUGUUCCAGAGGUAACAGAAAGGUCAGAGUUUGGUGGAUGUUCAAGAUCAGAGCCAAUUGACUUAAUGCAGCCAGGCAGAAAUCCAGAGACAUUUUGUCAAAUCUUCAUGAUAUUGCCAGAUUUUCAUAGCCAACAACUGGUGAGCAGGCAGGGCAGCAGAAACAUUUGGGAAACAAAUAAAAAAGAGACUAUCAUUGCUCACAAUUAAGGGCCAAAAUAAACCAGGCAGAAAGCUGGGCUUUGGCUACUCUGUCUGGGGCACGGUUGAUAGGGUCAGAACCACAGAUGAGUGGGUUCUGAAGGCAGUCAUGGCAACAAUAUUCAUUACUCAGACACUCGCAGUCCAAAGUGUCACGUGACCUAUGGAUAUUGGAGACAGAACAAAUGCAUACCUUAGCUCACAAAAAAAAAAAAAAAAACCUAUCUUAAGUAUUUAACUGGUAGUAAAGCAUUAGUUAUGUUAGGCCACAUAGAAAUAAGGUAAAGUGAAGUUUGCUGCCUUUCCAGGUAUGGAAACACCGUUUAAAUAGAGUUUAACUUUAAAAUGGAAGAAAGCUUAGCCUUAAAAAGAUGUCCUAACCUAGUUUCAUACAUGUGUUCCUAAUUAUUUUUAGUUAUUAUGAUUUUGAAGUACAUUUCAGUCAUAAGACUUGUAGUUGGCAGAAGGCUAUAUUGUUCUUAUGCCUCUACCUUUCAAAGGUCCUCCAAGUCUAAUUAAUUGUGAGAUAUUUUCUCCAAAGCCCCUUUUAUGUGAUUGUAUCUAUUUUUAUUCUCAGUCAGGAUCAGAUCUGGAUCCUUACAAGGCAUUACUAAAACCUUACCUUUGUUUUUUUUUAUCCAGUCUUGCAGCUCUGUCUUGCAGCCCUUCCCCCUUGUCAAGAUAUAUGGAGAAAAUAAGAUAUUUAUUUCACAUCAUUGACAGCAAAACCCUGCAGCUCUUUUAGGGUUAAUGCUGGAUUCUCACUUCUUGGGAUAAAUAUUUCCAGUUGAUAAUUCUAAUUUUCCCAGGUUCAAAGUA